UGAAUAUUGAAUAUCGGUAGGGCCCGCCCGGCUUCAAGCUCGAGGGCCAGUGAGGGCUUGAAGCCUUGUCACUCAUGAUUAUAAUCCCAUAUUUGAAAAGCAUCAUUAUUCUCAUUCGCUUAGCACUACCAGUUGUAACCCUGCCAUGCACCGAUAACGUGUACACAAGGCUUCGAUUUGUCAUUAAAUUGGCGUUUGUAGGUGUCGCAAAUACCCAGGACCGCAUGGCAUCAAACGUGAGGUUCUUGUUCCACACAGCCGCCGAGUUAUUGUUCAGAUAUCGAUAUCCUGCGACAUCGUUGCGAGGGACACUCGAGGCCAAACGGUACUAGCGUUCCUGUUCCAGAGGUUCGACUCGGAGUUGUGUUGUACUCCUUUGGCUACAUUCUGGGAUAAAUAUGCUAUGCAAAAUGAUACCAACGGUUCCAGAUGGUUCGGUUCAACAUGUUUCGGUCACUCCUUAGAUUCCCCACUAAGCCUCGCAGUCAUGAAGAUGCAGAGAAGGAACUCGCUGAAGUCAUGGACCUUUUCUCCAAAUACCCAUCAUACCUGGUGGAGACCGACAAGACCGAGUUCAGGAAUGAAUAUGAGAGACUUCAGCGCGAAAUUCAGUCGCAUAAAGCCAGGGAAUCAACAGCAAAACUAAGAAACGCGGAUAUGAUAUUGGAGGACUGCAGAGCCCUCAAAUCCAAGGUCACAGUAGCGAUCGUGAGGGGAGAAGUUCCAGCGCCCACAGGUAUAGGCGCAGGCCACGAGAAGUCGAACCCACCACCUGCUAGAGAUGUAUCAGAAACGAAGUCUUACCACUCAAAUCAACCACCGAACAUCAAGACCAUAGCGUCGCUUCCUACAACAGGCACAUCGGCCAUUGAUAAGACUCCUUUCAAACCUCAGUCAGGUGUCCCUUCGGUCAACACUCGUGCUAGCCUCCCUCAAAGCCAUCAUCUUCCUGUACACGCCAACUUGAAGCAGGCGAUUUCCCAAGUAACGUCGGGAAUCUCGCGUGAAGUGGACUCGAUAGUCAUGGUGGGUACCAGCGCAAAGUGCCCGACUCUGAAUAUCGACUCCCAAGAUUGCACUGGUGCUAGCGUGCGCAACAGCAAUCCCAUCACUUUCAUGAAUGUAAACUAUUCGAGCAAUAGUUCUAUCAUACUCCGCAAUUCCAAUGCGAUGGGCGCUACGUUGAAUAUCAACGCCACAAACUCUUCUGGAGCUGUGUUUCAUCGUGGUGAUCACCCAAAGAGAGUUCGAUAAAAAAGAAGGAUAGAGAUCAUCAACCGCAUAGAUCUGAUCCGGGUGCAUAAUAUGUUCAACCCGUUAUAUGUAUACUUGUUAUCCAAAUAAGGAUUAAUCGCUUAAUUAAUAGUGACCUUAAGACUUGCCACGUACCCAAUUA